AUGUCCCAUCCGAUCAAAUCGCACUCCGCUCCACUCCUCCCCGCUCCGCUGGAAGACGAUACCACACCGGGAAAGAAUGCCAAAAUAUCUUCCCCGCUCGAGGAGUCUGGUAGCAAACAGAUCGCGUGGGCGAGACGGGAUGGGUGGCUUUGGGGAUCGUACGAUAAUGGCCUUGGUAACCAAGCCGACAAGACAAUGCCACGCCCAAGCCCUACCGCACUGGACUACUCUUCCGCCUCCCCAGUUUCCCUUACGAAACAUUUCCACUCCUCUCCCGAGUUUCCUCUCCUCUCCUCCCCUCUCCGCCCCGCUGCCCUUGAGAAAGUAAUUAGUCGUGAACUAAAAAGGCCCUUCCGCGGCGUGCAGAUGCCAUGCUCGACAAGAUCGGCCUGCAUUGCUUGUUUCUCAUUGCACCGAGCGGUACCGAUUGCUGGGAGUUCCGCUCCCCAUGAAUGGCUGAUCUGUUUGCAUCACAAGAACAGAUGA